UAUAACCGGAAGUACAUCCAAGACUCCGAGAGACACGGUGGAGCUUUUUGUCAACACAGUCCCUUAUUCCACCCGGCGACUAACAAGAUUUAUCGUUAUAAAUUGUACCCCGAAUAACCAGCAGUAGCUGUCGCAGCGUUGAAUAAUGCUGACCAAGUUUGAGACGAAGUCGGCUAGAGUGAAAGGUCUGUCCUUUCACCCCAAGCGGCCAUGGGUUCUUGCAUCUCUACACACUGGAGUUGUUCAACUGUGGGACUAUCGAAUGUGCACACUUAUUGACAAAUUUGAUGAGCAUGACGGCCCUGUGAGAGGAAUCAACUUUCACCAGCAGCAGCCGCUUUUUGUCUCUGGAGGAGAUGACUACAAGAUCAAGGUUUGGAACUAUAAACAAAGACGCUGUCUUUUUACUCUUCUUGGACACUUGGAUUACAUUCGGACCACAUUUUUCCAUCAUGAAUACCCAUGGAUCCUCAGCUCUUCUGAUGACCAGACAAUUCGUAUUUGGAACUGGCAGUCAAGGACGUGCAUCAGUGUGCUGACAGGACACAGCCAUUAUGUCAUGUGUGCUCAGUUCCACCCGUCAGAGGAUCUUGUCGUAUCAGCGUCCCUGGACCAAACAGUGCGAGUGUGGGACAUCUCAGGACUGAGAAAGAAGAAUGUGGCCCCAGGACCAGGUGGCAUCGAGGACAGACUCCGUGGCCCGGGACAGACAGAUCUCUUCGGCACCUCGGACGCCAUCGUGAAGCAUGUGUUGGAAGGUCAUGACCGUGGCGUCAACUGGGCCGCCUUCCACCCGACCCUGCCACUCAUCGUCUCUGGUGCUGAUGACAGGCAGAUCAAGCUGUGGAGGAUGAACGAGGCGAAAGCUUGGGAAGUGGAUACAUGCCGUGGCCAUUACAACAAUGUGUCUUGCUGUCUGUUCCACCCUCGCCAAGAACUCAUCCUCAGUAAUUCAGAGGACAAGAGCAUCCGCGUUUGGGACAUGAGCAAAAGGACUGGUGUGCAGACAUUCCGCAGAGAGCAUGAUAGGUUCUGGGUGAUGGGAGCCCAUCCUACUCUUAACCUGUUUGCCGCUGGCCAUGACGGAGGCAUGAUCAUCUUCAAGCUGGAGAAAGAGCGACCUCCCUUUGCCGUACAUGGAAACAUCUUGUACUAUGUGCAUGACAAGUACCUCAGGAAGCUGGACUUCACCACCUCCAAGGACGUGGCCGUCAUGCAGCUGAGAGGUGGGUCUCGGUCUCCCGUCUCCUGUAUGUCAUACAACCCAGCUGAGAAUGCCAUCCUGUUGGUCACUAAAACCAGCAAUGUUGAGAACAGCACCUAUGACCUGUAUGUGGUGCCCAAGGACUCUGACUCCCAAAACCCUGAUGCUCCUGAAGGCAAAAGGUCUUCUGGUCUGACAGCUGUGUGGGUGGCAAGGAACAGGUUUGCUGUGUUGGACAGGACUCAUUCUAUUAUCAUCAAGAACUUGAAGAAUGAAAUCACCAAGAAGGUGCAAGCUCCCAACUGUGAGGACAUCUUCUACGCAGGCAGUGGUUUCCUCCUGCUGAAGGAAACAGACACUGUCACUCUGUUUGAUGUACAGCAGAAACGAAUCUUGGCCUCUGUCAAGAUCUCCAAGGUGAAGAACGUCAUCUGGUCGGCUGACAUGACUACCGUGGCUCUCUUCAGCAAGCAUGUGAUCUCCAUCUGCAACCGUAAACUGGAGAACCUGUGCACGAUCCAUGAGAACAUUCGCAUCAAGUCUGGUGCCUGGGAUGAAAGUGGGGUCUUCCUCUACACCACCUCCAACCACAUCAAAUAUGCUUUGACUAAUGGCGACCAUGGCAUCAUCCGUACUCUGGACCUGCCCAUCUACAUCACCCGCAUCAAGGGCAACUCUGUCUACUGCCUGGACCGACAGUGUCGACCCCGCAUGCUCGGCAUUGACCCCACGGAGUUCAAGUUCAAGCUGGCUCUGGUCAACAGGAAGUACGAGGAGGUUCUCCAUAUGGUGCGCAACGCCAAGCUGGUGGGCCAGUCCAUCAUCUCGUACCUGCAGAAGAAGGGCUACCCUGAGGUGGCUCUGCACUUUGUCAAGGACGAAAAGACUCGCUUUGGCUUGGCUCUGGAGUGCGGCAACAUUGAAAUUGCCCUCGAUGCGGCUAAGGCGCUGGACGAUGCGGCGUGCUGGGAGAAGCUGGGGGAGGUGGCGCUGCUCCAGGGGAACCACCAGAUUGUGGAGAUGGCCUACCAGAAGACCAAGAACUUUGACAGGCUCUCCUUCCUCUACCUCAUCACUGGCAACUUGGAGAAACUUCGCAAGAUGAUGAAGAUUGCUGAGAUCCGCAAGGACACGAGUGGCCACUACCAGAAUGCUCUGCUGCUCGGGGAUGUGAGUGAGAGGGUGAAGAUCUUGAAGGGCUGUGGACAGAAGUCCCUGGCCUACCUGACAGCAGCUACCCACGGGCUGGAGGAGGAUGCGGAGGAGCUGAAGGAGUCGUUUGGUGAGGAGGAGCGCGUGCCCGACCUGUACCCUAACGCCUCUCUCCUGCAGCCCCCCGUGCCCAUCACGCAGCAGGAGAGCAACUGGCCACUGUUGACUCAGCCCAAGGGAUUCUUCGUGGGCGCCAUGGCUGCCCGUGCAGCGGGAGGCAAGCAGUCAUCUGUGGCUGCGACUCUGCUCGCCGAGGACGACAUGGGUGCUGGAAGUGGCUGGGGAGAUGAUGUGGAGCCCCUGAUGAUUGAUGAAGAUGGUGGCUUCGGUGAUGGUCUGGAUGAGGAAGUUGUUGAGGCCGGAGAGGGAGGAGGCUGGGACGUAGACGAUGAUGACCUGGAGCUGCCGGCAGAUCUGGAUAUUGGCGGAACAGCGACAGGAGCAGGAGAAGAGGGUUACUUUGUGCCUCCCACUAAGGGAACAAGCCAGUCUCAGGUCUGGUGCAACAACUCGCAACUGCCCGUGGACCACAUCCUGGCCGGGUCCUUUGAGACUGCCAUGAGGUUGCUGCACGACCAGGUUGGCGUGGUGGAGUUUGAGUCGUACAAGCAGCUCUUCCUGCAGACCUACAGCCGCGCCCGCACUUGCUACCUGGGCCUGCCCUCGCUCACACCGCUCUUUGGGUACCCUCACAGAAACUGGAAAGAGGCGGGUGCGCGGGCUGGCAUCCCGUCUGUGGGCCUCAAGCUGGCCACCCUGGUGCAGCAGCUGCAGGUGGCUUAUCAGAUGACCACCGGAGGAAAGUUUGCUGACGCAAUCGACAAGUUCCGCAGCAUUUUGUUGAGUGUACCACUGUUAGUUGUCGACUCCAAGCAGGAGAUUGCUGAGGCCCAGCAACUGAUGGAGAUUUGCCGUGAGUACAUCGUUGGGCUCAGCAUGGAGAACACCCGUAAGGAACUGCCCAAGGCUAACCUAGAAGAACAGAAGAGAGUGUGUGAGAUGGCAGCGUACUUCACACACUGCAACCUCCAGCCCAUCCAUUUGAUCCUCACCCUGAGGACAGCCCUCAACCUAUUCUUCAAGCUCAAGAACUACAAGACUGCGGCUUCCUUUGCCAGACGUCUUUUAGAGCUGGGACCCAAACCGGAUGUCGCACAGCAGACCCGCAAAAUCUUGGCAGCUUGUGAGAAAAACCCAACAGAUGAACAGGAACUCAAGUAUGAUCAACACAAUCCCUUUGACAUCUGCGCCGCUUCAUAUGUCCCCAUCUACAGAGGUAAACCAGUUGUCAAAUGUCCACUGAGUGGAGCCUGCUAUCUGCCAGAGUUCAAGGGUCAAGUGUGCAGAGUCUCUAAGGUGACAGAGAUUGGGAAGGACUGCAUCGGCCUAAGAAUCAGCCCCAUCCAGUUUAGAUAGACGAUCAACCUUUUUCUCCGAUGUAGACCAGAAUGUCUCCAUUCUUCCUGCUGCCAUCAUCCCAGUACAUUGAUCAUUUAUUUUGUCAAAGUUUUUUUGAGAUGACAUUCAUUCUGUAAAAAUACAUUUCUGAUGUUGUUUUCAGUGGUAUUUGCUCAUGAUAAGGGCUCAAGCACAUUGGACCAUGUUCCAGCACAGGUUCACCCCUAUCGCAGAAAUAGGUCAGAACUGGAAUGGAUCUGAUGCUAGUUAAUAGAACAGGUGGCCGAAAACUGAAAAAAGUGAAAGGAGUGACAAUGAAAAGGAACAGUAUAACUUCUGACUCCAUCCUGAGAAACGGAUAUUGGUACUCGUUUCUCUGUAGAAGCAAAAGAAAGUAAUUAAAACAAAGUCGACUAUGAAACUGCUGUAUAAUACACAAUUAUUAUAUGCGUUUCAAAGUUUAGCCUCUACUGGGUCCUGUAUUUUGCUAGCCCUUCGAAGGAAGGUGCUGGAACUGUUUCCUUUUGUGUUCGAGUCGAAAGAGCAGAGUUGGGUUUUAAAAAAAAUUUCAUUAGUCAAAAAAUGUCUUGACGAAGAAGAAUAUGGUAACUUAUGAGCUUUUUUCAUGUACAUUUUCUCAUUACUGAGAUUUACACGUAUAUGUUGGGUUCACCCUGUCACUUGUCUGUCGUUCAGGAAGGAUGAAAGGGAUGAACAUUAGAUGUAUGAAAUGUUGAAAUGUUUUUGCAUAUGUUGAAGAGGAGGAGGAAAGUAUGCCACUAUGCUGUAAUCCACUUCUCACUUGAAGAUUUAUUUGUUAUGAUUGUUAUAAUUAGUGAAUAGGCACUGCUACUGCUAUCAAUUAAUCAUUACCAAAUAUGAUUAUAAUGAAUUCAGUUCAGUACAGUAAUUUUAUUCAAUGACAAUUUAUUUAAUAAUUAUUAAAUUAUUAUUGUAAUUGGUAUUUUUUAAAGAAUAAUUUGGGUGUGUCACCUACUUAUUCAAGAGCCUUUGCUGUGAAUUUCACACUGAAGAUUCUUUGUCCUCCCUAAUUUUUAAGGUUGACACUGUUGGAAUGAAUGUUGAAUUCUACGAAUACAAUUUCUGGGGCCAUUUAGUGGCUCAGUUAGGCGUGUUAAAUUGUUGAUGUGCUUGUGGCUUUCUAUUUUGUGAUGUAGGCCUACUAGGUCUACAAUACUAAAAAUAAAGUUUUGCCAUUAUUUUUAGAGCAAUGUGUAUACAAAGUUCUGUCCUUUUUUUUUGUGUUCCCAAUGUGCAUAUAUUGGAAUGGGAGUUAAAUGUGUGAGGUAUGACGAACUGUGACUUGAAAUAUUAUUAUUGACCAACGGUCAUUGGCGAUGUGGUAGAGUCAUUUGUGGUUGCUGUAUUGUGGCUACUUUGCAAUUUUACUGAUGUCUUGUGAUAAUAAUCAAUAAAAACAAUUAUGAUAAAAUUUA